AUGUUUUCCUCUUCUAAACCCUCCAUUAUCUCGCCCUGGACCUCCAUGGAGCAAGGAGACUCAGACGCUCUGGACAUCAGCACCAAAGUGCAACUGUAUGGAGUCCUGUGGAAGAGACCUUUUGGGAGGCCCUCAGCCAAGUGGUCCCGCAGAUUUUUCAUCAUCAAGGAUAGCUUCCUGUUAUAUUAUGCUGAGAAUGAGAAAAAAAACUUCGAGACAAAUAAAUACUUCAACAUUCACCCUAAGGGGGUGAUCCCACUGGGUGGAUGCGUCGUUGAGCCAAAAGAGGACCAAGGCAUGCCAUUCGCAUUGGUUAUCAACCAUGAGGACUUCACUGGAAAUAUUGUCCUGGCUGCUGAAUCAGAGUCAGAGCAAAGUCAGUGGGUGGAGAUGCUACAGGAGUCUGGAAAAGUCACUUGGAAGAACGCUCAGUUGGGGGAGGCUAUGAUUGAAAGUCUGGAAGCUCAGGGUCUACAGCUGGCUAAGGAAAAGCAAGAAUACCUGGAUAAGCUCAUGGAAGAGACUGAGGAACUGUGCUUACAAAGAGAACAGAAAGAGGAGCUGGAGAGACUGAAUCAGUUGCUGGAGGAAGAAAAGAAGAAGUUUGAAGAUGUGGUUCAAGAGUUGAGCGCAGAACAGGAGCAGAUUAAACUAGAUCUGGAUGGUACCGCUCAGUGUUUGAAGGGAGUGGAGUCUGAGAAAGAAGAACUUCACAGUGUCACCACACUGCUGCAAAAAUCUCUAGAGGAGUUGACCCAGGAGAAACAGCACACUCUGGAGCUGCUAAGAGUAAAAGGACAGGAUGCGACUGAAACAGGGCGUGAACGUCAGGCUUCUUUAGACUCCCAGGAUCCAGAGGUGCAGCUUCAGGGGAACCUGCAACACAUCGAGGAGCAAAUGAGGAACCUGCUAAGAGAGAAGGAACAGGCAGAAGAGAGACUGAAGGAAAAUGAACUGCGGGCUAAAGUGCUGCAGGAGGAGCGAGAGUUUUAUUCUUCUCAAGCUAACACUCUCCAGCAGUCUCUCACGCAGCUCACAACAGAUAAACAGCACACCGAGGAAGAGCUGAAGGCUGAGAUGGAGUCUCGUGUGGAACUGGAGCGUAGGCUGAAAUUGGCUGAGGAGGCGCUGCAAGAUCUAGAACAGGGUCUAAAUGCAAUAGAACGCACCCGUGAGAGAGAUGAAAGAAUGAAGGGAGACGUCAGCCAUCUCCGCAAGUUCUUUGAGGAAUGUAUCUGUGCUGCAGAGAUUGAGGCCAAGCUACCAGCCAUCAUGAAGAAUGCAGUAUAUCUGCAUAAAGCUGCUGCUCGCCGCAUCAAAAGCUGCCGUAUUCAGCGUCGGGCCUCAAGGCAGCACUGGUUGAAGCACUCUCAGUCAUUUGCCUCCUCACACGGUGAAGUGCCCAGUUUAGACGAGCUGAAAGAAACUGCCAUUCUUCUGACUUCAGACAGUUGUUUGAGACAGCGUGUCUACAAGAUCAUCACCCGCCAGGAGACUGUUCAGUCUGACGACUAACAAUACUAUGCCUGUUUGACUGAUAGACCAAUAGGGAGGGAGUGGGAGUUGUUGUGUAAUCCUGGGUUUCUCUUAUGCAACUGUAUGUCAAUGUUUGGGGAAAGUUCAACAGUCAUAUUUCAGAAAGGGGAAUCUUAAUUGUAUAUGUAGAGCACUGUAGAAUCAUAUAACUAGACAUACAAAGAUAUUCAAAAUCUUUAAAAAAAUAUAUAGAUACUUUUAAUCACAUUUAGGUGAAAACAAUUUAUACAUUAAAAAUGAACAGGUCUGUUGUAACUAUAUACCCUUCACAGCCUAUUAAUUAAAAUGUAGAUGAAAAGUAGAAAAUUAAAUGCACAAAGUAAUUUGGCCUCUAAAAUUAUAGAUGAAGUGUUUAAUUUUUGUCCCACUAGUGUCACUUAAUGGAAUUGCAAAAAUAAUGUUUUCAAACAGGUUUCCCGAACACUCCCCCAUCUGCUAAUGGUUGGAAAACAGGUUGUUCCAUCCCAAAGUCAUGCUGUUGGCAAUGUAGCUAUGUUGGGUUCAUCAGUGGCCUAUGUCACAAAGCAGGAUUAAGCAGCUAGCUAGAAAAGUUUAAACGUAGUUUGAGCGAACUCUGAAUUUGCGGUACAAGUAAAAUUGAUAGGCUUUCUUCAGGAUUCCUCACCAUAGUAACACCCUAAUCGGCUAACCUGCUCAGGGGCAGGUUAUGUUCCCCGAUCAUAGAUCUCAUCCAGAUACUGGACCAAUCAGCUGUGAGCAAAGGGACAGUCACUCCCCCCAGUGUCUAUCACUCCAAUUUAAAGUGCACUUCAACGAGACAAUUUUAGAAAUUUACAAAAUAAGCUAUUUAUGAUCAUUAUUUAUUGCACUGGUUUAAAGACACUUUACUUUUCCCCAACCAUUUUCCCACACUGGCCAUAAAAUAUGUAUGAAUAAAUAAACAAUUGAAAUGCCAAAACAUGAUUAUAUAAUUUCAAGUAAGUUAUUAAUACAAUAUCAAUAAUGAUUGAAAUACUUUAAAAUAUAAAAACGUAAUAUCUCUACAAUAUACUGUAGAUAUAUCAGAAAAGUGUGAAUGCCACCCAAACCCCUUCUUAUAGGAUUUGCUGGCAGAGAUGCCAUGAACAUACAGUAUUUCAUUUUAAGUUCAAUAAAAGCACAC